UAUAAAUCCCGCCGCGACGCAAAAUUAUUGUUGAGUCGUGAUUCGUUUAAUUUUUCUUCAAAUUAUAUAGUUAUUUAGUAAAAAUGGCAACAGCAGCAGCAGCAGAUAAUGUCUACAAAAGAUAUGAAAAAUCACUAGGUCUACUUACAACCAGAUUUGUUUCGUUAUUACAGAAAGCUAGAGACGGAGCUUUGGAUUUGAAACUCGCUACUAAUUUGUUAGCUGUGCGUCAAAAAAGACGUAUAUAUGAUAUUACCAAUGUGUUGGAAGGCAUCGGGUUAAUAGAGAAAAGAAGCAAAAAUAGUAUUCAAUGGAAAGGUGCAGGGCCAGAUUGUAAUACAAAUGAUAUUGGCCGAAAAGUCACAUCCUUGAGGAGACAAAUUGGUCGCCUGGAAGAAAAGGAGAAAGUUCUAGAUAAUCAAUUGCAGUGGAUAACUCAAAGUAUUAAAAAUGUUUUGGAGGAUGUGGAUAAUAAGGAUCUCUUAUAUGUUAAGCAGGAUGAUGUAAUUAAAUGUUUGCCACCAGAUAGCCAAGUGUUGGCCUUAGAAACUAAACUUGGGACAAAUAUUUCUGCUUCAGUAAUGCAGAGAAAGGAUAAGGAUCCGCACUUUAUACUGCAUGUUCAAUCAUCAGAACCAGUAAAUGUUAUCCUGCUCUGUGAUAGGGAAAAAGAAGAGGCAAUGGAGGAAGAAAAUGAUAAAGAAAUACAGAGUUAUACAGAAAAUGGCGAGUGUACAAAGUACAAUGAUUAUCUGCUGCGUCUGAGUCCGCCUCUCACAAAAAACGAUUAUGCAUUUUCGUUGUGCGGUUCUGAAGGAUUAUGUGAUUUAUUUGAUAUACCGUGUUAAAAUUUGAAUACUGGCUUAUAUUUUUUUUUAUAUUUGUUGAAAUGAGUUUUGGAAAGACAUUUUUUAUUAAGGAUUAUAUUUUUGAUCAUGUUGAAGUUUAUGUAUGUAAAUAAAUUGUGUAAAUAUCAAUUUUAUAUACAGUGUAUAAGAGAAUCAUGUGAAAUGUGGAUCAAAAUAAA